AUGGUAAAGCGCAAAAGCGAAAUAGCUUUGGCUGACGCCGAACAGAACAGAUCGGUCAGAGAAAAGUAUUUCAAGACCGACAAAAGCAAUGUUCGCACAUCCAGUCUUUUUAUGCCCAUCAUGGCCCUGGAAGGUCACGAAGGUGAUAUAUUUGCUACAAAAUUUCAUCCAGAAGGGGAGUAUCUUGCAUCAUCUGGUUACGACAGAAAGAUUUUCAUAUGGAGUGUGUAUGGUGAAUGUGAAAAUUUGGGCGUUCUCGCUGGCCAUUCUGGAGCUGUUUUAGAUAUGAAAUUCUCCACUGAUGGAACGUUAAUUUACACGAGUAGUACCGAUAUGACGGUUUCUUUUUGGGAUAUUUAUAAGGGCCAAAGAGUUAAGAAACUUAAAGGACAUACUGGGUUUGUUAAUUCCUGUGACUCUGCAAGACGUGGACCUCAAAUGAUCACAAGCGCUUCAGACGAUUGCACUAUAAAAAUUUGGGAUCCAAGAAAACGAGGCGGCGAUGCAGUUACUACUUUCAAUAAUAAUUAUCAAGUGAUGUCUGUAUGUUUUAAUGAUACAGCUGAUCAAGUCAUAACUGGUGGUCUAGAUAAUGAAAUAAAAAUUUGGGAUUUACGUAAAAACGCAUUACUUCAUCGUUUGCCUGGCCAUACAGAUACAGUGACUGGACUUGAAUUGUCACCCGAUGGCUGUUAUUUACUGUCUAAUGCAAUGGAUAACAGUUUGAGAAUAUGGGAUGUGAGACCUUAUGCACCUGCUGAUAGAUGUUUGAAAGUCUUCUCAGGCCAUACUCAUAAUUUUGAAAAGAACUUAUUGCGGUGUGCGUGGUCACCAGAUGGUUCAAAAGUGUCAGCGGGUUCAGCUGAUAGAUAUGUGUAUAUUUGGGAUGCCAACACUCGUAGAAUAUUGUACAAGUUACCUGGUCAUAAUGGAAGUGUAAAUGAUGUAGAUUUCCAUCCAAAAGAACCUAUUAUUAUGUCUGGGUCUAGUGACAAAGUUGUAUACCUCGGCGAGUUUGAUUGAAUCCAUUUGAAACUGAACUGACAAUAUUUAACUUUUAAAUUUUUGUUAGAAUAUUGAUUUUUUUUUUAAUCGUCUCAUGAAUGGUUUAGCUGUAAAAUAUUUUCAUGAUGGAGGAAGUAUAAACCACUGGUUUCAAACAAUUUAAAUGUUGAAAUGAAUACCAUACUAUUUUAUUAAGCAUAAUUUUUCUAUUAACACGUUAACGGUCACCAGUGAUCACCAGUGCUCAAACAAUAUGUAUUAUUAGUAUGCCAAGCAUAUAUUUCCAUGUUAUUCCAAAUUUUUAUGUAUCAUUGUAUUUGUAAAAACAUUUAAUUAUAUAUAUAAAAAAAUAAUAUGAUUAUUACAUGAAAAAAUUGUGGCAAUUCCCACUACGCCACUUCGAUCUUUUUAGUACAUUAUUGUGCCAUGGAAAAGUUACUGAUAGAAAACUUUAUUCAUUUUUGGUUGCUGGCAGUCGCAAAAGUAUACAAUUUAAAUAUUACAGAUAUAAUCAUUGGCGGUCGCAUGGCAGUCAACGUGUUAAA